AUGGUCCAACUAAUAACAACCACCCGCAUCCUCUCCGCCCUGGAAGCGAUCCCAACCUCCGAUCGCAAAGACCUCGAUCUCCCCGACAGCCCAUCCCUCGACAGUCCCAUCACCCACGACCAACUAAUCCGCGUAUCGCGCUACUUCCGCACCGAAAAUGGCUCCGGCCGGAGUCUCAACUCCUUGCUCCACGGAACAAAAAGUCUACGUUCCGCCUCCGCCACCGAAACCCGAACCCAAUACCUCGCCCUAAAAGCGCGCCUCCUCGCCGCCUACGAAACAGACACCUACAACCAAAUGACGACCCCAUCGCACCCCACGAACGGCCCGUCCCCGAUCUUCGCUUCCUCGACACCGACCGUCUCGGCUCUCCAUGACGACGACGACAACAACACACACUCAGACGCGGAUACGCUUACCCCCGGGCUUGUGCUGAAUAUUUUCCUAUCGGUUGUGAUCACCGGGUUCAGUGUGUACUGGGCGUUGGCGAGCUUUUCGACGCCGGAGUUGCUGACGGAGGCGGUUUCGUCGGUUUGGGACCAGAGUCGGGCUUCAAGGAGGGGUGGGGGCGUGUCGGAGGCUGUGAAAGUGCUGGUGUCGUUUGGGGCUGCGGUGGCGGUGGGUGUUGCGGAGGUGGCGAUCUAUGCGAUUUACCUGGGGAAGGUGGAGCGGGCGAGGAAGAAGGAG